AUGGCUCUGACCUGCCAACGAUCUCCUUGGGUGAAAGGUCUGAAAUUCGAGAAUACAAGCUUUACUGAUAUCCCGACCGUGAUUGAGUAUCUGGAAAGAGCCCGAAUCGAGCGAUCGCGAGAAGAGUUUACCCAGCUCGUCGACCUGGUGGCAGCAAGAAUCCCGGCCAAGUCGAACGGCAAAGACCUGCAUUACGAGCAUGUUCUCAGCAAGUUUCUGGCUUAUCUCGAGACCGUGCGACCAGACUUCGAAACUUUUAAAAAUACUGCAACAUAUGAAACAAACUGGGGGGCUCUCCUCGAUGCCCGCUGGUAUAUAGAAACACAUCAGGAAACCGUACGCAAGGUCGAGACUCAACUGUGCGGCUGGGGCGAAAGGGGCCAGCGCCUGUUGCACAUGUAUGCAUAUUUCACCCGAUUUUGGGCCGACGGCCUCAGAAAGAUAUUCAAUGAUAAUUACUCAUACGAGGAGUGCGUCAUCCGUCUGAAUCGCGCAGUUCUCAGCCGUCAGACCAAAAUCGAUGGGGAGGUGAUUAUCCGCCGAGCGAGAGUCGUGCCUCGUGAUGUCUAUUUCGUUGAUAGGUGCAGCGAGAACCCGGCACCAGUCACUACGCAGGACCUUGAAGAUUUUGACUUGAUCAUCAAUGAUCUGGGGCUCGUCGAGCCGCGGCCCCAGUCUCAGAAUGCCCAGCUGGCUGCUGCUCAAGAUGGCGAAGACCAGUCUGCACACCAUGUCUCUCGCAGGGCUGAGGUCGAUGACGAUGAUCAUAAUGAACGUGGCCAUCGCUCGCGCAAGCGCCGUCGAUUUUAG